GUUGCAAGACAGUUUUAUUUAGUAAAACCAUCUGAAAGCGCUCUAUUUCGAAAAAGCUGCAAAGUGAAUCCAAUCGAUUCGACGCUUGAUGACGUCUUUGCGUAGAGGGGAGAAUCAGUGACGUCAUGUCGUCUUCCUGCUAGUACAACUAAAUGUCGAACAGAUAGGGAGACGUCAAUACCGCACUUUUCAAAUCAGUGCAAUUAGUUAAUGUGCGUUUUUUGUAUGAGUUGGGACAACAAGAUCAAAGAAAAUGUUUCAAAGUGCCGGAAUCAUUUGUGCUGCCCUUAUACUUGGAAUUGUAGUUAAAUGUAAUGCCAGACAUGGGAUGGAUCAUGGGCAGUGGGCUAGAGAGAAACCCAUAGAGUGUUACGAAUGUAAUUCGGAGUAUGAUCCUAGAUGCGGCGAUCCGUUUGAUCCUUACACCAUAGGAAAAGUGAAUUGUUCAAUGAAAAGGCCUUUAGAUCACAUUUUACAAGAAAAACCAAAGCUUUGUAGGAAAACCGUGCAGAAAGUCCAAGGGCACAUCCGGGUGAUCCGAGGCUGUGGAUACAUCCCACACGACUGGGACGACAAGCAGUGUCUACUAAGAGCGGGGACCCACGAUGUUCACGUUAAAUACUGUUCUUGCACACAUAGUCUUUGUAAUACCGGGAGUUUUCACUCUAGUCCAUCGAGAAUAAUCACUGGUGGAAUCCUGUUAGGAGUUGCGCGACUAAUCUUGGGAUAAACUGGUAAUCAAAACUGGCAUCAAGUGAAGACACCUUCAGAAAAGUAGUUCGUAAAGGCUAGCGCACAAGACUUUUAUUUUCCGGUUUUAAACAGUAUCAUUUGUAUAUAAACGUAUGGGGUCUAAUGGGGUGUAGCAAAAUCAAGAGCCUAUUUGUGCGAGAGUCUAAUUUCCGGUAAUUAUGGCAAAUAUAUUUUUGAUUAGUUUAAGAGAAACCGAUAUCCUACUACUAAAGCUAAGCUUUGUAGAUAAAGAGAUGAUUUUUGAUUACAGUCGAAGCUAAGCUAAGUAAUUAGAGGGAUGACGUUAUCGCCUGCUUGGUGGCAGGUCUUGUCCAUUAAACUAGCGUAUAGUGUUAACUGUAAACCAUAUAAACUUUGGGUAUAAGACAAAUAGAGACUGCCAUGACAUUUGAUCGAAUAUUUUCACCAAACGGCGAUGUGUCUCUACAGGCAACUCACGAAGGCCUAGCUCCAACGAUGAUAAAUAAAUCAAAUACAUAUCUAGAUAUGCAAGGGAUAUGACCGUUUGGUGAGAAAGCAUUUGAUAGAUAAAGUGAAAAUGUGCAAUCUGUCGCAACGCUCUGCAAGUUUUCGUUCAAUUCACAUCAGUGUCGUAAAAUCUCUACAUGUUUCUUAUAAACGGUAAUGAAUGUGUAAUAUGCGUGAAACACUGCCAGUUUUGGCCGGAAGUGCCAUACUAGUCAUGCUUGUCCGCUAGAUUAAGUUAAGAAAGUCAUCUUAUGAAAUGUAAUUAGGAUUGUUAUAACUUGUAAUGUUAUAAAUGCACUAGACCUAUGACAUGUAACUCUCUACAGUGUGUUGGAAAUUUUAUUUGCAAGAUUCACACUAAAACACCGGCUCAUUUUUCUACACUUGACACUUGCUGUUGACUAAAUAAAAUAAAUUUCCAAUACACCCGGAAUUAUGCCUUUGAAACCAAAAAGAAAUGCUGUUUUCGUCAUAAAUGUGGCAUUUUAUUUUACUAAGUACAAAAAAGAGUAAUAUUGCAUUGAAAUUAUCUAUUUAUUAUAAAUGUAAAUAUAACUAUUGUUUUUGAAUGGAAAAAUAUGCAUGUUGUGGAUAAAUAUUUUUUCUCCUUAAUGAUAAUAGAAGGGAUAUUUUAAAUAACAAAGAUGCUUAAAUGUGUUUCUCGUGGAAACUAAAUAUACUUUGUAUAUAAGGGUAAUAAUAUACAAUAAUAAUUGGAUCUAUUUGGGUCAUAUUUUUUAAAAUAUUUAUUUUUAUGUUGAAAAAUGCUGUGCACGCUGCUGUUUGUCAUUGUACAUGUUCUGUAGAAUUCAAAAUAAACAUUGUUUCACCCAACUUUCA